UUCUCUUUUGUUCUUAUGCCAGAAUUUUUCUUCAGGCGUGUAAUAGCUAAGUGUUUCUUGUUCAUACCUUCUCUUCUUCUUUCUGUUGGAAAUAACGGUGGUAAUGAUGUGGCCGGUGGCGGUGGUGGCUCUGUAGGCUGAUUUAGAAGUACAUUGAUUUGCGUUUUGUUUUUUCCUGCAUUAAGAGACGAAUGAUAUUGGUUUUUAGUUGAUUUUGCACUUGCUCCCCAAUUGGCAUUGCUUGAAUUUGCCUGAUGUUAAUACUGGUUAUGACCUCAGCAAAAUCUUAGCAGAAGGUGCAUCAAUUGAUUUAUUAUACAUCUUGGGCGUGUGUGUAUAUAUAUAUAUAUAUAUAUAUAUAUAUAUUGAAGAAUGGCCGAUGGAAUACCAAGUUUCUGGGGUCCUGUAACAUCUGCUGAUUGGUGUGAGAAAAAUUAUGUCUAUUCUUCUUAUAUUGCGGAGUUUUUCAAUACCAUAUCAAAUAUCCCAAGCAUUCUUUUGGCACUUAUUGGCCUUAUAAAUGCCCUGAGACAACGAUUUGAGAAGAGGUUUAGUGUGCUUAACAUAUCUAAUAUGAUACUUGCCAUUGGAAGCAUGGUGUACCACAGCACGUUACAACACAUGCAACAACAAGGUGAUGAAACACCAAUGGUAUGGGAAAUGCUUUUGUAUUUCUACAUCCUUUAUUCUCCAGAUUGGCACUACCGGAGCACAAUGCCCACCUUCUUGUUCAUCUAUGGAGCUGCAUUUGCGGUUUGUCAUGCUUUGUUUCGUUUUGGAAUUGGUUUUAAGGUGCACUAUGCAAUACUUUGUCUUCUCUGCAUCCCCCGGAUGUACAAAUACUACAUUUACACAAAUGAUGUAUCUGCAAAGCGGCUUGCAAAAUUAUACGUGGGUACCAUAUCAUUGGGGAGUAUCUGUUGGCUCUUUGAUCGCAUUCUUUGCAGUCAAAUUUCUCAGUGGUACUUCAAUCCACAGGGACAUGCUUUAUGGCAUGUCUUCAUGGGUUUCAAUUCAUAUUUUGCAAACACAUUUCUGAUGUUUUGUCGCGCUCAGCAGUUAGGGUGGAAUCCUAAAGUUGUCCACUUCAUGAGUUUUUUCCCAUAUGUUAAGGUUCAAAAACCGAAGACCAAGUGACGGAUUGCUGGAAGUUUUAACAGAAUCUCUUUUAACCCCUCGUUUGGAGGUAGAUAUAUGGUUUUGGCAGCAGAUGAACAAACAAUAGCGGUCACAAUUUUUUCUUCUUUUUGUUUAAGUGGAUGUAAAUGAUAGUUGAAUAUUGAGCAUCAUCAGUUGGUUUUGGUUAAUUUAAGUUGUAUAACUAGUGGUUUUGCCUAGAAAGAAAAUAUAAUAUGGUCAGUGUACCGUAUACUAUUUUCAUAUCGAGCAGGUCCUUGAUUUUCCAAACCUGAGAAUGUAUCAUUUGUUUUGUGAUUAAAUAUGGUUAGCGUGAAGUGUAUCAAGUUGCAAUUCAUAUCUUAUAUGAGAAAGUAAUGAUGAGGAAACGUUUCGCGUGCUAAAAA